AUGAGUCAUCUCGAUAGAUUCUUACUAUCAGAGAACUUGGUGCGUAAUUGGAACAUCUUUGGACAAUGGAUCAAGAAAAGAGACAUCUCGGACCAUUUCCCUAUCUGGCUGAAGUGUAACAAUAAUAUUGAAUGGGAUCCUAAACUGUUUUGUUUCAACAAUUGUUGGUUAAAACACGAUAACUUCUUAUUGUUCGCUAAAACGGAAUGGCAGAAGUGUGUGGUUAAUGGCAUAAAGGAUUUCAUCCUUAGUGAAAAGCUUAAAUCUCUUAAAACAAGUCUUAGGAUUUGGAACAAAGAGGUGUUUGGAUGGAUUGACUUGAAAGUGGAAGGUUGUGUAGAAUAUCUGAAUGCUAUGGAUAAUCUGUUAUUUGAUAACAUUAUAGGCAACAUAGGCUUGUUAACAUAUGAGAGGCAUAAGGUAGUUUCAGAAUUUUGGAAGCAUAUGGACAUCAAGGAGAGUUUCUUGAGGAAAAAUUCAAGGAAAACAUGGUUGAAGGAGGGCGAUCGUAACACUUCGUAUUUCCACAACGCGAUGAAAGUUCGAAAUAGACAUAAAUUCAUCAAUUCCGUUGAAACUUCUAACGGAGUUGUGGAAGCAGUGGAGGAUAUCAAGAAAGCUAUUCAAGAGCAUUUUGGUAAUUUCUUCAUGGAAAGCAAUUUUUCAAGGUCUGUUCGAAGAUUUUCCUUUCAACUUCCUCAAGGAACAGGACAGAGAUAUGCUGGAAGUUCCAUUUUUUGA